GACUUGCAGUGGAUUAGCUAAGACAUCUUCAGACCUCUUCGGACAUCAUGAAAUUCUACGUGGGAUUGGCAUCGGCCUGGAUCUUGGUGCUGGCUUCGGUUCAACCCGGUGAUGCCACCUUUGGCAAGCUGAACCUUCUGCUCGGCGGAGGAGCUGCCUCUGGCUAUGGUUCCGGCUACGGUUAUGGUCAGGGUUACGGCUCCGGCUAUGGCUAUGGUCAGGGUUACGGCUCCGGCUAUGGCUAUGGCGGUGGCUACGGAUAUGCUCCCGAGAAUGUGGUGAAGGUGAUCAAGGUGUCGGUGCUGCCAGGAGGCGGUGGUUACUCUGGAGGCUAUGGAGGUGGCUAUGGAGGUGGCUACUCUGGCGGCUUUGUGGGCGCUGCUCCGGCUAUAUCUACCUCGGCUGUGGUCACUCCGGUGGUUACUUCGGUGUCUACACCGGUGGCAUCACCUGUCCUGGCCGGCGGAGCUGGUUAUGUGGGUGGCUUUGGCGGUGGAAUCGGUGGUCUUGGUGGCCUCGGUGGCUUCGGAGGUGGAGCUGCCUUGCCCGCCUCGUAUGGCUUCGGAGCUGGCUAUGGCGCUGGAGGUGGCUUCGGGCUUGGAUUUGGAGCACCACCACCGCCCUUGGGUUUGGCUUCGGGACUUUGUUAA